ACAAGAUGGCUUCCACGAGGUUUUUGGGUUUGAAUUUUGUUUGAACUAUCCUAGCGUAUUAUGUCUCGACUGAUUGUUAAAAAUCUUCCGAAGGAUCUCAAAGAAGAUCGUCUUCGUUCUCUCUUCGCUUCCAAAGGCGAAAUUACCGAUCUUCGACUGUGUAAAACAAAAGAUGGAAAGUUUCGUAGGUUUGCAUUUGUUGGUUUCAAAACCAAGGAAGAAGCAGAUAGUGCCCUUAAAUUCUUCAAUAACUCUUAUAUUGAUACUGCUAAAAUUCAAAUUGAAAUUGCGAGGAAUUUAGGUGAAAAGUCGUCAUCUCGACCGUGGAGUAAAUACUCUGAAGGAAGUUCUGCCUACCAAAGAAACAAUCUUCAAAAAAACGAACAUUCAGAAAAAUUAUCAGAAUUAGGCGACAAAACUAGUUUGAAAAAGAAGAAGAAAAAGUCUUCAGAAAAUGACAAUGAUGAACUUGAGAAAGAUCCAGAAUUCCAGGAGUUUUUGUUGGCCCACAAAAGCCGCAGUUCUAAGUCGUUGAGCGGCAAUGAAAGUGUAAACUUGUCUCAGAACACCAAAAAUCAAGCUGAUGUUAAAAGUGAGAAAAUCAAAGAAAAGCAAGAAAAUCCAUCAGAUGAUUCUUCUGAUGAAGAGCAGAGUGAUAGUGAACCGUCAUCAGAUGAAAGUGACAGCGAGCAUGAAGACCAAAAUAAAUCAUCCAAAAAUGUUUCCAGUAUAUCAGACAUGGAUUAUCUUAAGUCAAAGAUAGCUUCUAAUGAUGAUUCAAGUUUAAGUAAUGAUAAACCAGUCCAGGAAGAGGAUAAUAAUAAUGAUAAUGAGAACUCCAAUGAUGAGACAUGUCAAMAUGAACCUAUUCAACARCCAAAACCUCAAAAAACAAGUCAAACAGCUUGGACUCUCAAAAUGAGAGGUUUACCAUUCAAGGUGAAAGAUAAACAUAUCAAAGAAUUCUUUCGUCCUGUAAAAUGCAGUGACAUUCGGMUGGUAAAAAACAAGAAAGGACAGCCAUCAGGAAGAGCAUUUGUGGACUUUGAAUGUGAAGAMGAUUUAGAAAAAGCCUUAAAAAGGGAUAAGGAUUAUUUAGAAGGGAGGUAUAUAGAAUUAUUCAGAGAUGAAAGUAAGAAUAUGGAACCAAAACAAGRCGAGCCRAAAGAAGAAAAACCCUGGAUGAAAAAGUUGAGGGAAAAUAAAAACAAUGAUGAAGAAGAAGAUGAAAGUAUUGGAGAGUCAGGAAGACUUUUCCUUCGCAACUUGUCAUAUAGUUGCAMAGARGAUGAUAUUCAAAAACUCUUUGAAGUACAUGGUCCGCUUUCAGAAGUAAAUCUUCCUCUUGAUAAACUCACCAACAAAACUAUUGGACUUGGAUAUGUUACAUUCUUGAUGCCAGAACAUGCUGUCAAAGCAUUCAAUCAACUAGAUGGUUCCGUAUUCCAAGGUAGACUACUACACAUUUUGCCCUCAAAAGCAAAGAAAACUGAGGAGGAGAAGUCAGCUGAAUCUUCUUACAAGAAGAAGAAUGAAGCAAAGAAGAAGUCUCAAAGCGGCAGUGAUCACAACUGGAACACAUUAUUUCUUGGARUCAAUGCUGUAGCAGAUGCAAUGGCGGAUAAAUACAACACAUCAAAGAGAGGGAUAUUAGAUGCUGAAUCAUCUAACAGUCUCGCUGUUAGGAUGGCACUUGGAGAGACACAAGUUGUUGCAGAUACUAGGAAAUUUCUUGUAGAGAAUGGAGUGAAAUUGGAUGUUUUUGGACAGGCAACUUCAAAAAGAAGUAAAACUGUUAUGAUAGCAAAGAAUCUUCCUUAUGGAACCAGUACUGAUGAGUUGAGAACAAUCUUUGCACMUUUUGGUCAACUGCARAGAGUGAUCCUUCCUCCCACGGGAAUAACAGCACUGAUUGAAUUCCAAGAGCCCAGUUUUGCUAGAAAAGCUUUUCAAAAACUUGCUUAUACAAAGUACAAGAACUCRCURCUCUAUUUGGAAUGGGCACCUAUAGAUGUAUUUGUAGAAGAAAGUCCCAAAGAUGAACUCGAAGAARAAGUGAAGACUGACAACCACRAAGAAAAGGAAGAUGAUGCUUCAGAAGUGGAAAGCGAUUCUGAAGAGGAAGAUGGCAAGACUUUGUUUAUCAAAAACUUGAACUUUGAAACAACAGAAGAUGUAUUGAAAGAGAAAUUCUCUAAAGUGGGCACUGUAAAAAGCGUCACAAUUGCAAGGAAAAAGGACUCGAAAAACCAAGGGGCUCUUCUUUCUAUGGGAUAUGGAUUUGUGGAGUUCAAAAAGAAAUCUUCUGCCUUAAAAGCCCUGAAGGAAUUACAGCACUGCUUGGUUGACGAACACGCUCUUGAGCUYAAAGUUUCUCAUCGAAAAUCAAAUGAUAAAAUGCCUAAAAAACGAGUUUCUGCCGGAAAACAGAAAAGCUCAAAAAUCUUAGUUCGAAAUGUCCCUUUUGAAGCAACGACAAAGGAGCUGCGGGAACUCUUUAGCACGUUUGGUGAGAUAAAGACUCUUCGUCUUCCAAAAAAGAUGGCGGGAACUGGUCCACACCGUGGCUUCGCUUUUGUCGAUUUUUUGACAAAACAAGACGCAAAGCGAGCAUUUGAGGCUUUAUCAACCAGUACUCAUUUGUAUGGGCGUCGACUUGUGCUUGAAUGGGCAGAGGAAGAAGAUGACAUUGACACACUACGAAAAAGAACUGCUAAGCAUUUUCAAGAGACAACGAAGACGAAGAAGAAGAAAGAAAUGCUGGAUGAACUGAUGGACAUGACCGAUGCUUCGUAAAUGAUAAAUUUUCAUGUACAUGAAGAUCAAUUUUUAAUAUCUUAGAAAUGUACACAUUCUCGGCUUAUGUUAUAAAACACAAGAGGACUGUACAAAAAAUACURUUAUAAUUAAAGUGAAAAUUGAAAACGUUC